AUGGCAGCAGAGCAUCCCAAACUGCACACCGUGGACAUUGCGCUGUCAAGUGAAAUGCCUCGUGCUGCAGCGCUGAAGGAUCUGAGCGGCUUCCCCCCGGCUCGCCGGCACCCCAGCCUGCCCUUCUGCACCGGCUGUGAAGAUACCCACACAAGCCUUCAUGGAUCAGCUGUGAAUGUCCACAUCAGACUGGACAGGAAUUCUGUGACAGUUGAGAAGACUUACAUCACACUGUCAAACCACAGCACCGUGACGAUCCUCAACCACAGUCAUGUCACAGCCCGCUUCCAGUGGAAGGCUUUUGCUACUCAGGAAGAGGAGGAUCAGCUGAAGCAGAGGUUCUGCCACAGGCUGUGGCAGGAGGAAAAUGCCCAGGCAGAUAAUUUUCUGGAGUGGAGCAGAGCGGACACCACUCGUGGAGAACGCCUUUCCCUGCUCUCCCACAUCUACCAGAACGAGAGGGCAAAGGUGCAAGGAGAUCCCAUGCUGUUCUUUGAUGACAUUUUCACUAUUAAACCGGUGAUACACAUGACGGGUCAGCAGAAGCAGCUGUGCUAG